AUGGUUGGGUGCUGUUUGUCAAACCUGAAGGCAACGCGAGCGAGGGACGUUCGGGAAGCAGCCGAGCCCAGUCUUCCGAAAGCUGGGUUGUACGCUUAUGGGGUGACUCAGCCCCUCGCGGCCCCUUCGCGGCCCGUCGCCGCCCUUCCAGGCCCCUCGCGGCCCCUUCGCGGCCCCGUCGCCGCCCCUAUCGGCCUCGUCGCCACCGCCAGCGGCCCCGUCGCCGACCCUAGCGGCCCCGUCGCCGCCCCUAUCGGCCCCGUCGCCGCCGCCAGCGGCCCCGUCGCCGCCCCUAACGGCCCCGUCGCCGCCCCUAUCGGCCCCGUCGCCGCCGCCAACGGCCCCGUCGCCGACCCUAGCGGCCCCGUCGCCGCCUCUAUCGGCCCCGUCGCCGCCGCCAGCGGCCCCGUCGCCGACCCUAGCGGCCCCGUCGCCGCCUCUAUCGGCCCCGUCGCCGCCGCCAGCGGCCCCGUCUCCGCCCCUAACGGCCCCGUCGCCGCCCCUAUCAACCCCGUCGCCGCCUCCAGCGGCCCCGUCGCCGCCUCCAGCGGCCCCAUCGCUGCCACUUGCGGCCCCGUCGCCGCCCCUUUCGGCCCUUCCUCGACCCUGCCCCGGCCCCGCCACGGACAUGCUACGUCGCCAGUCGCGGCGCACCGGGGGCACGUGCACCGCCCCCCCCCUCUUUUCCCGUCGCCCGUCGCGGCUCCCUCGGGGGCACCUGGGGGAGGGGGGUAG